GGACCCGGGCCGCGCCGCGCCGCGUCGCACCCGCGCUCUGCCUGGUCCGGGGGGGCGCCUGGGAGCAGAAAGGGCGGCUGAGAAGACGAAUCUCCCCGUGGAACGUGGCUCGCUCUUUGCGCGAUUUUUAUUUGUUGGUCACAGCGGGGUUGCGGCUUUCUGGAAAGGGAGAACUCGGGCUUUAAGGAGUCAGGCCCCGCUUUCUCCGGCGCCUCUCCCGGACUCCGCCGUCUGGGUUGCUACGUGCGGGCCUCUGUGCCUAAGCAAGCUUUCCCCGCGGAGAAACGUGUACGGUACUUUGUUGACUCACAAGUCCAAGCCAACUCCCUGCCUGGGUUUAAAGGAGGUUUUGCAGUUCUCCUGGCCCGAGGACUCCCUCAGUCCCUCUCCAUCCUUACAGUGGACGCCUCAGGUCCACAGACCUCACCUGGCCCGGUCAAGAUCUGGAACUGACCAUCUCCCACAGCUUCAGAAAAGUCCAGAUGGAGUGAAGCAAAGCUGCACGGUUGGCAGCCUCGGUGGUUCCUUCUCUGUGGGGGAAUAUUAUCUUAUUAUGAUUCUCCUGAAGAUGCUUGGAAAGGUUGCAAAGGGAGCAUCCAGAUGGCGGUGUGUGAAAUUCAAGUUCAUUCUGUAGAUAACACACGCAUGGACCUGAUAAUCCCUGGGGAACAAUAUUUCUACCUGAAGGCCAGAAGUGUGGCUGAGAGACAACGGUGGCUGGUAGCCUUGGGGUCAGCCAAGGCUUGCCUGACAGACAGUAGGACCCAGAAAGAAAAAGAGUUUGCUGAAAACACUGAAAACUUGAAAACUAAAAUGUCGGAACUAAGACUCUACUGUGAUCUUCUUGUUCAGCAAGUAGAUAAAACAAAAGAAGUGACCGCAACUGGUGUGUCCAAUUCUGAGGAGGGAAUUGAUGUGGGAACUCUGCUGAAAUCAACCUGCAAUACUUUUCUGAAGACUUUGGAAGAAUGCAUGCAGAUCGCAAACGCAGCCUUCACUUCUGAGCUGCUCUAUCGCACUCCCCCAGGAUCACCUCAGCUGGCCAUGCUCAAGUCCAACAAGAUGAAACAUCCUAUUGUACCAAUUCAUAAUUCAUUGGAAAGGCAAACAGAGUUAAACAGUUGUGAGAAUGGAUCUUUAAAUAUGGAAAUAAAUGAUGAUGAAGAAAUCCUAAUGAAAAAGAAGAGCUCCUUAUGUUUGAAACCUGCAGAGACAGAUCGCAGCAUAUCAAGUGAAGAAAAUACAGAUGAUAAUAUAACAGUCCAAAGUGAAAUGAUAAAGGAAGAUGGAGAGGAAAACCUGGGAAAUCAUGACAGCCACUUGGCACAGUCUGAAUCACAAUCCUCAAGCAGCUCUCCAGAAACCCACUGGGAAGAAGGCCAGGAAGUCAUCCCAACUUUCUUUAGUACCAUGAACACCAGCUUUAGUGACAUUGAACUUCUGGAAGACAGUGGCAUUCCCACAGAAGCAUUCUUAGCAUCAUGUUAUGCUGUGGUUCCAGUAUUAGACAAACUUGGCCCUACAGUGUUUGCUCCUGUUAAAAUGGAUCUAGUUGGAAAUAUUAAGAAAGUAAAUCAGAAGUAUAUAACCAACAAAGAAGAGUUUACCACACUCCAGAAGAUAGUGCUGCACGAAGUGGAGGCCGAUGUAGCCCAGGUUAGGAACUCAGCUACAGAAGCCCUCCUGUGGCUGAAGAGAGGUCUCAAAUUUUUGAAGGGAUUUUUGACAGAAGUGAAAAAUGGAGAAAAGGACAUCCAGACAGCCCUGAAUAAUGCAUAUGGUAAAACAUUACGGCAACACCAUGGCUGGGUAGUUCGAGGGGUUUUUGCGUUAGCUCUGAGGGCAGCUCCAUCCUAUGAAGAUUUUGUGGCUGCAUUAACCAUUAAGGAAGGCGACCACCAGAAAGCAGCUUUCAGUGUUGGGAUGCAGAGGGACCUCAGCCUUUACCUCCCCGCCAUGGAAAAGCAGCUGGCGAUACUGGACACUUUAUAUGAGGUCCACGGACUGGAGUCUGACGAGGUGGUAUGAUGUCUGCAGGGCAGCGCCGCCUCCUAACUUCAGGGAAUAAAGUUCGCUAAAGUG